UAUAAAGUACUUACAACCAUAGUUUAAAUAGAUAGUGAAAUAAGAAACACCUAACAAAAAUAUUUAGAGGGAAAAAAUGGCUGAUUGGGGACCAAUUUUUGUGUCAGUGGUGCUCUUCAUUCUCUUAACUCCUGGCUUGUUAUUUCAAAUACCUGGUAGAGGAAGGUUUGUGGAAUUUGGAAAUUUUCAAACAAGUGGAUUAUCUAUACUUAUUCAUGCUAUGCUCUAUUUUGCUCUUGUUUGUAUCUUCAUGUUAGCAAUUGGAAUCCACAUCUAUGCUGGUUAAUUAAUAAUAGCCCAAUUGCAACAUGAAUUGUUGAAUUAUAGAAUGUAUUGCAUGUUAAGUUGAUUUUGUAUGGUUUGAAUUCUAGGAUUAAUUUUUCUUUUUCUUCUUAUUUUAGAUGUUUAUUAGAAAAAAAAAAUAGAAUUAGUGAUCAAAUUUAGAAAAGAAAAAAUAAAGUUCGUCACUAAUUUUGGUAACGGCGGAAUUAGGGACGAAUGUAGUUUUUUCUUAAUAAAGUUUGGUGCUAAUUCAGUUUCUUUUUUUUUUUCUUCUAAUAUAUAUUGUGUAACUUAAUUUUGGAUAAUCGAUUUGGUUGUAUUAUGAUGUUUGUAGUGUAUUUUUUUUACUUUUGUUGUCUUGUUUUAAGAUGAAGAACAAUGUUGCAACAAGAUUUAAGAA